AUGUCAGGUGAAAAUGGAAAAGAAAAUGAACCGGACGAAGAAAACGGAGAAAAAGAGCGGGCAAGAUCUGAUGGUACUAACUCUCCUGUAGAUGAUGAUCAUGAUAUCCAGGCUACAUCUGAUUCGCAGUUAGAUAAUCAACAUUCACUAAAAGAUGUCACCGAUGGUGAAGAAAAAACAAAGAGUGAAGAAGAUGAAAAAACAUGCCAAGCAUCUGAAAAUGAAAAUAUGAUAGCAAAAUCAAUUGAAAUCCAAGAAGAAUACGUCAGCGUUCUUACACCGAAUCUGGAUAUUUAUCCAGAUAAUGCAGUAGCAGAAGAGAAUGAUGGAAGCCAAGCGAACAUGCUAUUGGAUGUCGAAAACAAAAACACGAACUUGAAUUCAGUUGAGCAACAGGAAGAAAAGAAUAAGAGUGAAGGGGAUGAAAAUUCAAUGGAAAUUGAAGAACCAGACUCCAACAUUCUAACAACGAAUCUGGAUAAUGCAACAGCAGCGAAAGAUGACAAAACUUGUCACGUAAAAUAUGUAUGUACAUGUAAAAAUAAUCCCGCUAAAAAACAUGCAGCACUAAGCAAUAAGCCUAUUUUAACGAUCCCUUUGGGUUCACUUUUUAAUUGUCUUUCACCUUUCCAUGUAAUUGAUAUUGAUCCUCUACAUGCUGCUGGUCUCCUCAUCUUGGCCUCAAGUCCAAGAGGAGUUACUUCCAAUAUAUUCACAUUUUUCUGUGAUGGCGAUGUCUCAUUAAGUGUUACAAUGACUUCAAUAUCCACAAUCGCGGCUCUUGUGAUGAUGCCUUUCAAUAUUUGGCUCUAUGGACGAUCCCUUGAAUCUGAUACAAUUGUUAUUCCUUACGCUAGCAUGACAACUUCACUGUUCUUCUUAACACUUCCAGUUCUCUUCGGAAUGAUUGUCUUCUGGAAAUGGCCAAAGGUCGCUCCAUUUUUAACCAAAUUUGGUAGUAUUGCCGGUUUCUUGAUCAUCAUUGUCUGUGAAGCCAUGGAAGUCAUGAUUUUCCCCGAUAUUUUCGAUGAUAUUACAGCUAAACUAUAUGUCGCCGAAGUAGCAUUACCUGUUCUUGGUCUUGCAUUAGGUUUUGGUUGUGCUUCAAUCUUUUCACUUCCAUAUGCCUCUCGAAGGACUGUUGCUAUUGAAUGUGGAGUUCAAAAUGUUGGAACUGCUUUGGCGAUUGUUUCUCUAUCUUAUCCAUUCGAGCAAUUACGGAAAGUUUGGCUUUUCCCAUUCCUUUAUGCCUUCUCUAUUCAUAUUUUUCUGUGAUGGCGAUGUCUCAUUAAUUAUUGAAUUUCAAGUCCAUUAACUGAAUAACCAUGAGUGUAAUGUCUGUUUUUAGUGUUACAAUGACUUCCAUAUCCACAAUCGCGACUCUUGUGAUGAUGCCUUUCAAUAUUUGGC